UGGUGCUAUUUUUAUAUGCUCACUGCUUGCCGAUUUGACCAUAAUACUACAAAAGGAGAUUUUCAGACUAAAGACUCUUCAUAUCUGCACGUACCAACAAACACCGCAACCAUCUCCUCCCUCCAGUCAGAAAACUCUGCUCUCCAUUGUCAAACUCAAAGCCGCCGUGAUGGGGGACGCCGACGGCUGCAGCAUGCACGUCGUGAUGCUGCCAUGGCUGGCCUUCGGCCACAUCCUCCCCUUCACGGAGCUCGCCAAGCGCAUCGCGCGGCAGGGCCACCGCGUCACGCUCCUCUCGACGCCAAGAAACACGCGGCGGCUCAUCCGCAUCCCUCCGGCCCUCGCCAGCCUCGUCCGCGUAGUCGACGUCCACCUGCCGCGCGUGGAGCGCCUCCCGGAGGGCGCCGAGGCGAGCAUCGACCUCCCGUCCGACGCCCUCCGCCCGUACCUGCGCGUGGCAUACGACACCGCCUUCUCCCACAAGCUCUCGGACAUCCUGCGGGAGCCGGGGCCUGAGAGGCCGGACUGGGUCCUCAUCGACUACGCCGCGUACUGGGCGCCGGCGGCCGCGGCGAGGCACGGCGUGCCGUGCGCGUUCCUGAGCCUGUUCGGCGCCGCGGCGCUCAGUUUCUUCGGCCCGCCGGAGGCGCUCAUGGGGCGUGGGAGGCACGCUAAGACGAACCUGGAGGACCUCACCGUGGUGCCCGACUACGUGCCGUUCCCGACCACCGUCGCGUACCGCGCCUUCGAGGCGCGCGAGAUAUUCGAGCCGGGCUUGGUCCCCGACGACUCCGGCGUGUCGGAGGGCUACCGGUUCGCCAUGGCUAUCCAGGGGAGCCAGCUCGUGGGGAUCAGGAGCAGCGUGGGGUUCGAGCCGGAGUGGCUACGGGUGCUCGGCGAGCUCUACCAGAAGCCGGUGAUCCCGGUCGGGCUAUUCCCUCCGCCACCAACGCAAGACGUCGCCGGCCACGAGGCGACGUUGCAGUGGCUGAACAGACAGGCGCCGCGCUCCGUCGUGUACGCGGCAUUCGGCAGCGAGGCCAAGCUGGCAAGCGCGCAGCUCCAAACAAUCGCGCUCGGCUUGGAGGCUUCCGGCCUGCCGUUCCUCUGGGCGUUCAGGCCGCCGGCCGACGCCGGAAUCGGAGAAGGCACGGCUGGGUUGCCGGAAGGCUUCGAGGAGCGGGUCGAUGGCCGGGGACUCGUCUGCCGCGGCUGGGUGCCGCAGGCUAGGUUGCUAGCCCAUGAAUCGGUCGGUGGGUUCCUGACCCACGCCGGCUGGAACUCCAUCACCGAAGGCCUCGCGCGUGGCGUCAGGCUAGUGUUGCUGCCAUUGAUGUUUGAUCAGGGCCUCAACUCCAGGCUUCUGGUGGAGAAGAAGAUCGGCGUUGAGGUCGAGCGCGACGAGGACGACGGCUCGUUCACGCCCAAGGAUAUCGCAGCUGCUCUAAGAAGGGUCAUGGUGGAGGACGAAGGCAAGGAGUUCGGGACGAAGGUUAAGGAGCUCUCCGAGGUGUUUGGAAAUGACGAGGUGAAUGAUCAGUGCGUGCGAGAUUUUUUCAGGCGACUGUUGGAAUACAGCAAGCAGUAAGAAAACGAUAGUCCCAUUUCAGGGCUGUAGGCCAUGCACUAUUUGCUCAGAAAAGGGCAAGGAAAAGGAAAGGUUAUCAUGCCAUUUUUAAGGCCAUGUACUAAUUUUGUGCCAUUAUUUCAAAUAAAGACAGAAAAACAAUGCGGAGUUAUCGUACUGUCGAAGAAAGCAUCUUUUGGUUUCCAAUCACAAGGUAGGCAGUCUUGUCUGAGAAUUUCUGAAGCGCUUGACAUCACAAGUCAAUAAACCGUGCUUUUCCAGUGAUAACGAAAACAGCUUGAUUGUGUGCUCAGCCAUUAUCCGAGAUCAACGGCUCACUGCUGGUUCACAUAUCGAAAUUGUCACCUCACGUCACUCAACAUCAACCUCUGCACAGCCACGCGACCAAUCCUUGUCACUGAAUCCCACGGCUGUAUGAAUGAUCAAUGGUUCAGACUUUCAGAGCUGUUCACCGUGGAAGCCCCAGUAGUGCCUUGUGCUGUUCAUGUACAAGUCGCAGUCUUGGGACUUCGACAUCCUAGGAAGGUGGGCAAUGACCCCUAGCAAAGGAGAACCGCACCACAUCAUAUCCUUCUUGCCCAGUAGCCCCAUCCGUCAAAUGAUGUAUGUGCAUGGUGGAGAUCAUCGUAGAGCUCUGUGCAAGGUAUCUUCCUC